UUCUGUCAAACAUUGACAUAAUCAUCAAGUCAAAUAAUGUGCAGUCGACUGAUUAUUCAAACAAGCAAAAAUAGUUCCUUGAAAUGUUUGGAACGUUUAAUAUCGAAUCAUCAUCAAGUCAGAUCAAAAUCUGUGUCAGUAGCAUCCGACUCAAAAAUAGAAGAAGUGUCUGAAGCCAAAGAGACAGCACCACCUCCUGAAGUCGAUGUCAAUAAGUAUAUACACUCCAACUUGAUGCUAGAGAAAAAUGAAACGAAGCCUCAAGAAUCUUCCUUAUCCUUUGAUGCUAUUCCUGGACCAAGGAGCUUAUUCCUAAUAUCCAAAUUCUGGAACUCCAUACCAAAACUGGAUUCUAACAGAGUGAUCGUCAGUUUCAUCCAGAAUUUCCUGAGCGGAGCGAAUUUUUUUCACAACAUAUUGUGCUGGGGAGGUAACAAACAGUUUUUCAACAAAUUUUUCAGAGUUUAUGGUCCAGUCGUGCGACUUCAUGGUGCUUUUCAUUCAGAUGUUGUUCUCUUGAGCAGACCAGAACAUGCUUGUAACAUUUUUCAACAUUCAAAUCCAUAUCCCAUCAGGAGCUGUUUGGAGUGCAUCGAGAAAUAUCGAUUAGACCAUAAGAAUUAUGAGCAGGCAGGACUAUUCUUCACAUGUGGUACUGAUUGGAAAAUUUUGAGAGAUACCGUAAGCCAACCGUUGCUAAAUGGUGCUGACAUGUACUACCAAAGAAUCAAUGAUAUUUGCAAUUUGUUUGUACAAAGAGUUAUCACGAAUAGAAAUAAACUCGAAGAAGUAGGAGACAAUUUCGAUACCGAAUUAUACAGAUGGUAUUUAGAAAGUCUCUUCAUGAUAACCUUGAGAACAAGAACCGGAUUCUUGGACAAUCCCCAGAAGAAGGAAACAGAUGCAACAGCAUUCCUUAGUGCACUUGAAGCUACACUCAGAACUAUUGGGAAAUGCGAAUACGGUUUCCAUAUAUGGAAAUUUGUAGAAACCACAUCUUGGAAAGUUUUGGUAAAGAAUUGUGAUGCCAUGGAUACCAUACUCAAUGAAUAUGUGGAUAGGGCUGUUCAAUCAAUGCAAGACAAGAAAGACCAAGAUGCUGCACCAUUCUUGCAGGCUCUGAUUGCGAAUCAAAAAAUCUCCAGGAGCGAUAUCAUAACCAUUCUCAUGGAUAUGGUUCUGAUUGGUACUGCUACAACAACACAUACCAUUGCUCUUCUGUUAUUUCAUCUUUCUAAGAAUACAAGAUGUCAGAAGAAGUUACGAGAAGAGAUAGGGAGAUUUAAAGAUAAUGUGAGCAGCAGUGAUAUAGAACAGAUGAGCUAUCUUCAUGCUUGCAUAAAAGAAGUUCUUAGGAUCAGUCCUCCGGUACCGAUUCUCAGCAGGGUUUUGACUUCUGAUGUUAAAAUCAUGGAUUAUAUGAUACCAAAGGACACCAGGAUACUUUUUGCAAGUCACUUGAAUAGCCAUCGCGAUGAACAUUUUGAAGAAGCCAAUAAAUUCAAACCAGAGCGUUGGAUGAGCAGUAAUGCUGAUGAAUACAAUAUUUUCGCUACUAUGCCAUUUGGACAUGGACCCAAGUCAUGUUUGGCGAAAGAGUUUGCAGAAAAUCAGAUAGCUGUACUCAUCUUCAAGAUUUGCAGAAAAUUUCAUAUUGAAUAUGAUUAUGGCGAUAUACAAAGUUCACAUGAAUUAUUGGCCUCCCCUACUAAACCACUAAAAUUCAGAUUCAUUGAUUUAUAAUUAUAUUUAUAUUGAAUUCAAUUUCUGUUAGAAUAUCACAGUUGAAUAUUGAAGUUUGAUCGAUAUCC